AAGCGGCGGCGGGCGAGGGCAGGGCGGCCCCGGGGCGGGGGUUCCUCCCGGCGGGCGGGCUGCUCCGCCAUGAACAUCGACGUGGAGUUCCACAUCCGACACAACUACCCCUGGGCUCGGCUGCCGGCCAGCGUCAAGCAGGGUCUUGGAAACUCUCAGAGGGAAUAUGAAAGGCAGGUCGUGCUCUACAGCAUCCGCAAUCAGUUACGGUACCGGAAUAACUUAGUUAAGCAUGUCAAGAAGGACGAGCGUAGAUAUUAUGAGGAUCUGUUAAAAUACAGUCGAGAUCAUCUCAUGUUGUACCCUUAUCACUUGUCUGACAUCAUGGUAAAAGGGCUGAGAGUAACACCAUUUUCGUAUUACACGGGCAUAAUGGAGGAUAUAAUGAACAGUGAAAAAAGCUAUGAUUCAUUACCCAACUUCACUGCUGCUGACUGUCUAAGACUUCUUGGUAUAGGAAGAAACCAAUAUAUAGAUCUAAUGAACCAAUGUAGGUCUUCAAAAAAAUUUUUCAGAAGGAAAACUGCUCAUGAUCUGUUACCCAUGAAGCCUGUGGAGAUUGCUAUAGAAGCUUGGUGGGUUGUGCAGUCUGGCUACAUCACUGAGGAUGACAUCAAGAUAUGUACUACUUCAGAGAAGUCUGCUAUUGAUAAGAUAAUUGACUCAGGUCCUCAGCUUGCUGGUUCAUUAGACUUCAAUGUAGUUCACAGCUUGUAUAACAAAGGAUUUAUUUACCUUGAUGUACCAAUAUCUGAUGACAGCUGUAUAGCAGUGCCACCACUUGAAGGUUUUGUGAUGAACAGAGUGCAAGGUGAUUACUUUGAAACACUCCUGUAUAAGAUAUUUGUUUCAAUAGAUGAACACACUAAUGUGGCAGAGCUUGCAAACGUCCUAGAGAUUGACUUAUCUUUAGUUAAGAAUGCCGUGUCCAUGUAUUGUCGGUUAGGCUUUGCCCAUAAAAAAGGCCAAGUAAUAAACCUGGAUAAUCUUCAUCCAUCGUGGAAGAAUGUUCCAUCAGUGAACAGACUGAAGAGUACUUUGGACCCUCAAAAGAUGCUGCUUUCAUGGGACAGUGGGGAAAACAGAAGUCCUAUACAGGAAGCUGGGUCAUCAGCCACAGAUACAGAUACCAACAGUCAAGAUGAUCCAGCUGAAACAGCCAGUGUGAGCAGCCUGAAUCUGUCUAGUGGACACACAAAGCGUAUUGCCUUCCUCUUUGAUUCUACUCUCACUGCUUUUUUAAUGAUGGGAAAUCUUUCACCAAACUUGAAAAGUCAUGCAGUCACUAUGUUUGAAGUUGGGAAACUGUCAGAUGAGAGUCUUGACAGCUUCUUGGUGGAGUUGGAAAAGGUUCAAAGCACAGGUGAGGGGGAAGCACAGCGGUACUUCGAUCAUGCGCUUACACUGAGGAACACGAUACUGUUUUUGCGGCAUAAUAAAGACCUAGGGGCACAAGCUGUACAACCUGAUCAACCAAAUAAUGGUUUUCCCUUGGACCUCUUACGAUGUGAGAGUUUGCUCGGCUUGGAUCCAGCUACCUGCAGCAGAGUUCUCAAUAAAAAUUAUACUCUGCUGGUUUCCAUGGCACCACUCACCAAUGAAAUUCGACCUAUUAGCAGCUGUACACCCCAGCAUAUUGGACCUGCAAUACCAGAAGUCAGUUCGGUUUGGUUCAAACUCUAUAUUUACCACAUCACUGGACAUGGACCACCCUCUCUGUUGCUCUCUAAAGGAACACGUCUUCGGAAGCUUCCAGACAUUUUUCAGGGUUAUGAUCGCUUAUUAAUAACAUCUUGGGGUCAUGACCCAGGAGUAGUUCCUACUUCAAAUGUGCUCACAAUGUUGAAUGAUGCUUUGACACAUUCUGCUGUUCUAAUUCAGGGACAUGGCAUGCAUGGAAUGGGAGAGACAAUGCACAUACCCUUCCCAUUUGAUGAAGCUGAGCAGCAGGGAGACUUCUCUCGUGUGAACAUGGGCAUUCACACGGCUUUAAAAAUACUGAGGAACAAGGUAGAUUUGCAGCAUUUUUGUGGCUAUGUCACUAUGUUGAAUCCCUCAAGUCAGCACACGAGCAGAAAACUGAGCGACGCUUCUGAUGGAAGAGGAGAUGCUGAACUAGCAUCAGGUUCUGAUGUAAAUGGGAGCACAGAAUCAUUUGAGAUGGUAAUAGAAGAAACCUCAAUGGAUUCUGCAGUCAAGCAAAGCCUUGAAGUACCCACAACAGAACUGGAAUGGGUUCCCCUGGAAUUAUGCUUUGGCAUUCCACUCUUCAGCUCUGAGUUGAAUCAGAAAGUCUGCAAAAAAAUUGCCACUCAUGGAUUAUGUAGAAAAGAGAGCCUUCAAAAACUCUUGCAUUCCAGUAGAAAGCUGUCACUUCAGGUCCUUAAUUUUGUUCAUUCAUUCCAGGAAGGUAUUUCAACACUGGAUCAGCUCCAUGAUGCUGGUUCUUCAAGUUCACCUCUGCAGCCUCUUUCUUCAGAUAUGGGUGUUCCACUUCCUGCCAAGAAUCUCAUGUUCAAAGAAGGUGUAUUAUCUGAAUGGAACGGAUGGUCCCCUUGCUCAGUUUUUUUCAACCACACCUAAAGAGCAGGUCAAAGAGGGAUCCUCAUGCAUUGAUCACUAAAUGCCUUUCUUCUUUUAUGGUUAAUUCCUAGUGCCAACCACUAAGAAGUGUACUGCUGCUGCAGCAUAACUCGUGUAAAAGUAGUGUUACAAAAAUGUGUUGUGUUGCAGUAUUGGGGAAGUGCUUAAACCGUCUAGAACUUGUGACUAAUUACUGCAUAUCUUGCUGCAACAGAGAGCAUUUUAGCUGUCAGCACAGUUUUUAUCUUGAGACAAUCUUUCUUUUGUAACUAAACACUUCCUUUCUAGGCUUUCUGAUGAUUGUUAAAUUUCUAUCCUGUCACCACAAAAUUGCAAUAGUAGUUUUCUAUGUUCGUUACUCAGACAUAAAUCCUGUUUAGUUUUGUACUGUAUUACUGAGAUUCUUUCUGUAUAAAGGUAAGAGAUUUGGCUCUUCUGAAAACUCAGUGAUACCAACUGUUAAAAAAAAAAAGUAUCAUGGUGAUAUGGGGCAUUAAGAAUUGUUGAAUUCUGUAGUUCAGCUUAACACUGGGGCCUUGACAAAUCAAUACAAUGGAAAGGGAUUUGAUGCUUUCAGGAGGUUGAGUUGGUGCAGACUUGAAGGCCUGCUGGUGGCUUAAGGCUGUGGGAGAACUGAUGUUGUAAUUUCAGUUUAAGGUAGAUAACUAGAUCUGUCCUGUUGAUUAAUGUUUGAAAGAACAGAACUCUUGGGUUUUUCAUUUGACAGUCAUUAGCAAAGGAAGAUGACAGCAGAUGAUGUGUAGGCAGAGAUUUCGGAAGUUCAUUUCCUUGAACCAUUAGUUGCUGAUAAUGACAAACAUUAACAGUCAGCUCUUUAAUCUAAAAUCAUGUUCUGGCUUUAUCUGUAGGAGAUGAUUUUGUGGCAUGAUUUCACUUUGUUUAUAUGGGGCAUUAACAACUUCCUGCCAGCUUAAAAAUGUCUGUCCCAUUUAGCACACAAGGAGAAUGAGAGAUGUAAAAUAUUAAGACUUUUGACCCAACUGUUUGAAGUAUUUUGCCAACUCCCUUCUUUACUGGAACUGCCUUGUUUUAAAUGGUCAUAAUUAAAGAUGAGACUUACCUACCCUGUCAUUACUACCCUACAAUACAUAGUGGACCGAGAGGCUGUGGCAUAGAUUGUGCUGGACAACAGCAAGAAGAAAAAUGGCAACAUUUGUUUUUUUAUCCAGAUCUGUGUGGCUGUAAGACUAAAACAUGGCAGAAGUUUGUAAAGCACAAACAUACUGUGGUAGGAUAAUGCAGUGGCUUCAGCUACAACUGUGAAAAUUCCAUUUUUCUUUUUUUCCUCUUUGCUUUAUAUACAUUCCUAAGCUGUACAGGACUUGCACUCUGAGAAAACAAUAGGAAUCUAGUACUUCAGUUUGCUCAGUGCUGCUUCCUUACAUCUAUUUUGUUUUUUUUAUUUUAUCAACAGCAGCUGUACUUAGUAUUCUGCAUAUAUUACAGAACUAGAUUAUCCAUAUAAAGUUGAUAAUAUACAUUACAGUGACUUUUGUACUGGAUGUGUAUACUCUCCAUAGCGUGUUGUUUGUUUUUUUUUUUUUUUUUAAGUUGCCUUAUUUACUUCAACAGAAGUUAAAGAGGAAUUGGAUGUCAAUCUGCUAGAUAUGGCAGAGGAAACGUUUACUGUGGGAAUUACGUGGAGAUUGAGCCAAUAUCUAGCACUGUAGAGGAACUAAGCAUUAGGCAAUGGCUUUCUUUUUCAAUACUAUAGAUGUUACUUCAAGUGCUACAUUGAGCUGUAGGGGAGGAGCUAGCUUGGUGUACUGUAUUGAAUUUUACCAUGUACUAUAGUGCAAGUUGUAUGGAAGUUUGAAAAUGGAUGAAAAUUUCUUGUUCUCGCUGCAUUUCUUCAGUGUUACUAAGUGAAGGAUGCCCUUUGUUAUUAGGUUGUCUAAAGUUUCUAAAUAAAAGUAGUCUGUCCAGAGUUUAAUAUCCAUAAAUCUUGCAGUUAAUGGUGAGAAUUACAGAUACGUUGCAGUUUUUUAGAACUCAAGGCACUCCGGGUGCUUCAACACUAGGAACUUAAAUGUUCAAGUCUGGAUAUAUGAGAUUUACUGAGUAGAUUGCAACCAAAGAAGUCUAUAGAACACCUGAAACUUGACUAGAGCUCCAGUGCUUGGCAUGGUCCAGAGGCUUUACUCAAAGUACUUUUUUUUCAAAUGUGGGGUAAAAGUAAGAUCUCAAAGAUCUUCAUACCAAAAGAUUCUAUUUUAUAUUGUAUUGCAAAUAAAGACAAAUUAAAUACAUUUAUUUUCUUCAGGUAGUUUUCUUGACAGUGGGGAAAAAUCACGUGUGACACAUUGUAAAGCUGUUUUAAGUUUCUAUCUUCGAGACCUUUAUUUUGCAGAAGAGAGUUUGGCUCCGUGCUCUGGCGCAACCCAAGUAGUAUUCAUUCUAGAUGGAUGCACCUGAAGAUGUUCAGGAGCCAACUAGAAAGUGUGCUGUGUUUGUUUUCAGGUUUUUUUUGAUCAUGACUUACUAGUUCACAGUUCUUUUUUUCUAUCCUUGUUAUCAAAUGUUCCGUUCUCGUUCAGUGUUCAAAGUGGUUUGUAUUUUGAAGGUUUUCAAGUAUGGCUGUAACCGAAUACAGUUGCACUCUUCUGGUGGGACAUUGUUAAUAUUAUACAUUGAAUUGUACAAAGUCUGUGUUCAAUUAAAUUAUUGGCACUUGUAAAAAUUGUUUACAAAUAAACUGUGGUGUAGGUCAAA